UAGACAUUUAAGAUUUUAUUAUAUCCAGUAUCAGAGUUUAGGAACCAAAAUGAUAAGUAAUCAAAUAAUUAGUGCUGGAUACUCUGCAGUUUAAAAAACAGUUGAAUAAAUCUUUGUCUCUCAUAUUUUACUCUCUACAUUUUGGUUUCUCAAGUUCAACUCAGUUGCAUAAUAUUGGAACAGUUUAGUUAAAAUAUAUCUUAAAAAAAAUACUAGUCUAAGAAAUUAAUUCAGUAUACCCAGAGCAAAUAAAAUGUGCCAUAAUGUUAAGGUUUCAAAUAAUGCACAUUGCAAAAAUUUUGUUAAGCUAUGGCAGCAAGUAUUGUAAAUGUAAAUAUUAUUUUCAAAGUUACAUGUAUUCUCACUAGCAUUUUUUCCAAGUAAACCUGGCAAGGACUUGCUGGUGGGUUCAUUUUCCCAAUGGACCAGUGAAUGUUAAUCUAUUCUCAGGCUAAGCUCCAUUCUCCAACUUGGCCUUAGAUCUCAUGAAUGCUUGUCAUUUGUCAUCAGAGUUACACAUCCAGUCCUAGCGCAAGUCAAACAAGGAAAAACAAGUCAAACCCUUGUCAUACUCCAGAUGAGUCAGUCCCAUUAUUUUCACAUUUUAAGUACAACAGCGUAAAUUACAUAUAAAAUAAAUGAGCACCCUAUCUGUCAAAUUCAUUACCAAUGCGAGACUUAAAAUCUGUGGACAAGAUGACGUCAAUUUGAAUGUGAGCUUAUGAAUGAAUGUGGCUGCCAAAUGGAAGGAGACAACCCAGAGAAUUUCACAAUCUAUCAUUUGAGAUAUUUCCGACCCCUCUUUUGAGGCAAUUCCUGUAUAAUCUUGUAGGAUUUAGAGUAUUUUUAGUUAUGUAUGUAGUUCUAAACUCUGAAAUCUAAAUUGACCACUCUGAAGAGAAAAAUAUUUUCUUAAUUGAAUAGUAUGUAUUAAAUGGCAAGAUCCAAAACAUUUGCAAAUAUUCACAAGAGAAAUUUAAAAAAAAGAAGAUGCACAAUCUUUAGAUCACAAUUCUUGUUUAAACUCAGCAUUAAACAAUAGUUCCUGAGGUCCUGAUAAUUCUUGAGAGGAAUUAUCCAGUAAAUCAAAUUGAUUAAUAAAAGUGGGACAGGGAAAACUCCUGAUCUGCCCAUGUUUUCAGAAUCCUGAGUAAGGACAACAUAUUGGUACAAUCAGAACAUGCAUUUACCUGGAUUAUUUAGAUGGUUUUAACUGGGUUAUUUAGAUGUUGGGUGACAAUAUUCAUUUAGUUGCAUUUAGUCCCUUUCUAAUCAAGGGAUGGUCUUUUGACUAAUAGCACUGGCAUUUCCCAAGAGCGGGUGAGAAAAGCAGAUUCUUAGUCCCCACCCCAGAACUAGAAUCUGUGUUUUGAAAAGAUCUCUAACUGAUUCAUAUGCACAUUAAAGUUAUGAAGCAUCACUCACGGUCAGUAGGGAGCUUAUUCCAGGAUCAAAAGUGCAGUUAGUUGGGCCUCUCUUAAAAGCUGCACUAUUUUUAUUGUUUUUCCUCUUUCUUUCACAGGAAAGAGAAAAACACAGUAUUUCUGCAAAAGACUCAUAGUACCCACAAGACAAAGACAAUGAAUGCACUGAAUCUUUGGAACCCUUCAGAAGCACAAUCCUGCUUUGCUCUGGUGAACAAUUCAUGCCCUAAAAACAUGAGGUCUAGGCUGAGUGCCUGUGCCAUGUAUGUGGUCAUGAUCGGUGCCAUAGUAAUGACCAUGCUGGGCAACCUGGUUGUGAUCAUUUCCAUUGCCCACUUCAAGCAGCUCCACUCCCCCACCAACUUCCUGAUCCUCUCCAUGGCCACCACUGACUUCUUGCUGAGCUGUGUGUUCAUGCCCUUCAGUAUGAUCCGGUCCAUUGAGUCCUGCUGGUACUUUGGAGAUCUCUUUUGCAAAGUCCACAGCUGCUGUGACAUCAUGCUCUGUACCACCUCCAUCUUCCACCUCUGCUUCAUCUCAGUGGACCGCUACUAUGCUGUCUGUGACCCUUUACAUUAUGUCACCAAAAUUACCGUCUCUCUCGUAGGAGUCUUUCUACUCAUCAGUUGGUCCAUUCCCAUCUUUUUUGCUUUCGGCCUGGUAUUCUCAGAAUUAAACAUAAUUGGUGCAGAAGACUUUGUGGCAGCCAUUGACUGUACAGGUUUAUGUGUGCUAAUAUUUAACAAGCUCUGGGGGGUGCUGGCCUCCUUUAUAGCCUUCUUUCUCCCUGGGACAGUAAUGGUGGGAAUUUACAUACAUAUUUUCACAGUAGCCAGGAAGCACGCUAAGCAAAUUGGCACAGGUUCUAUGAUGAAACACAUUGGGUCAGAAAGCAAAAUGAAGGCAUCAACCAAAACAGAAAGCAAGGCCACCAAGACUUUGAGCAUCGUCAUGGGAGUAUUUGUGUUGUGUUGGCUGCCCUUUUUUGUCUUGACAAUCACAGACCCUUUCAUUAAUUUUACAACGCCUGAAGAUUUGUACAAUGUCUUUCUCUGGUUGGGCUAUUUUAAUUCCACUUUCAAUCCCAUUAUAUAUGGUAUGUUUUAUCCUUGGUUUCGCAAAGCAUUGAGGACAAUUGUCUCAGGAACAAUCUUCCACCCUGACUCUUCCAGCCUAAACAUAUUUCCUGCAUGUGCUUAGGGAAUGCUCUCCAUUCUCUACAAUUCUUUCCUGCUAAGGAAACUGGAUGCUCUUUCCCUCUAGAGGUGAAGGAGUGGAUUGACUA